AUGCAUAACAUUGACACCCCAGGCGUCAUUGAGCGCGAUUCAACACUUCCCGCCGACUACCAGAUCGAGACCACAUCCCAUCCCGACCCCAACUACAUUACCGUCACAACGCCCGUGGGCACUACAACACAGGCAACCAACAAUGUUUUCAACUACGGUGGAAAUACCGAACAUGCCCCCUUACCCCCGCCGCCAGCAAGCCACGAGCCGGAGGCACCCAUAGUAUCGCAAGAAACCUUGAAGCCCGCGCUCGACUACGUCACCAAGCCGGAGAUGUAUAGGAAGUUCCUGUCGAUUCUCUCGGAGUCCUCUGGCACGAUGCAGGAUCACAAGGAUAUCCGCGGAAUGGAGUCGUGGUCGGUGGCGUGCUUGUCGGCCAGAUAUCCGCAGGGCGAGACGUUGCGCAAGAUCGGCGUGCUGCUGCAAGACGCGCCUGAUUUGAUGCGCGACUUCAUACAGUUCCUGCCGGACGAGCAGACACAGAAGACGAACUCGCGCGCGAAGGCCGCGGAGCCGAAGCCGAAGAGAGGCGGCGGCGACGGGCACGCGUCAUCUUCUACCGCCGUCCCCCAGAAGAGGAAGAGAAAAGUUGCAGAUCACGACAAGGAGAAAGAGCCUCCUGCGAAGAGCAGCGCAAACAAGCUUCUACGGAAGACAAAAUUGCAAGCGUCGAGCGAGGCACCUUCACCGGCUUUAACUCAGCGGCAGGCCGUCCCUCCGCCUUCUCCACCCCGCGCGCCGCCUCAGCCGCCUCCACAGGCAUUCUACCCUCAGCACCAGCAGCCCAUGCCUCUCCCCCAACAUCUCUCGCAGUCCAUUCAGCAAUCAAACUCGCUUCAACCCAGCGACGACCGACAUUUCUUCGAGCGCAUCAAGCGCACGCUCGAUAACCGCGACACGUACAACGAGUUCGUCAAACUCGUCAACUUGUUCACGCAGGACAUCAUCAACACCACCCGUCUUGUGCGGGAGGCGAGGUCAUUCCUGGGUGAUGGCGAGUUGAUGGCGCAGUUCAAGGCUAUCCUUGGCUGGGAUGAGCGCAAGGACUGGAUCGCGGCUGAGGAGGAGGUGUGGACUCGUCCUAUGGGAGCGCUGGAUCGGCCCAGUCGGGAGCAGCUGCAUACGCGAUAUGGGAGCUUCAGGAAACUUCCCGCCCACGAGGUCCACGUGCAAUGCUCUGGCCGCGAUGAGAUGUGCAAUGCGGUGCUGAACGACGAGUGGAUCUCGCAGCCUACGUUCGCGAUCGAGGAUGCAGGCUUUAUCGCACACAAGAAGAACAUCUACGAGGAAACCCUGCACCAUAGCGAAGAGGAGCGGCACGAGUACGACUUCCACAUCGAGGCCAUACACCGCACAAUCCAGGUCCUAGAACCGUUAAACAACAAGAUCGCACAACUCACGCCCAAAGAGCGCGCCAACUUCAAGCUGAAGCCCAACCUCGGCGGCGUUGGGAAGGCGAUUCACCAGCGCGUGAUCAAGAAGAUAUACAGACGCGACACGGGGCUGGAGGUCUGGACGGCGAUGCAGGAGGUGCCAGCGACGGCGAUUCCGGUGAAACGUACGCAGCGCGAGUGGGACAAGGUGUGGCGCGAGGUUGACUUGCGCAACUACCACAAGUCGCUCGACCACCAGGCGGUGACAUUCAAGGCCGCAGACAAGAAGGCGGUCACGCAGAAGGUGUUCGUGUCGCAGAUCGAGGCCGCGCGUGACGAGCAGCGGGUGAAGCGGGCUGCGCUGAUCGACCCGCGCUUUGCACGCACGAAGCCGCAGCACCAGCUCGAGUUCGUCGCGGAAGACCCCGCGUUCUCGUUCCUCGACCGCACGCAAGGCCAGAUCGCGCUUGUGGACCGGAAGAAGAUCGAGAUGUUCUUCAGGUCAUUUGUCCCGUUCUUCUUCAUGCUCGACCCUGUUGCUUUCAACGCUGCGUUCGUCGCCCACCAUGAGUCGAUGGAUGGCGACGGGGAGGUGGAAGAAGACGUUGAGAUGAACGGUACCAGCGGAGGCAGCUCUCGAUCCAGGAAGAAGGGCGGAGGUGGUAACGCGGGCAACCUGCGGAAGCGGUUGCUGAAGAGCGAGCAGGCCAAGUCUAGCCAUCGUACGAGGGCUCAGGAGGCUGCCUCGCCGACUGCUUCCCGCUUCGCGUCCCCAGUGUCGUCCGACCCUAUGCAGCUCGAUGGCGAGCCUGUCAAGGGAGAGAAUGAGGUCACCUCUGGUGUUCGGCUGGAUAAGAACCCUUCGCGACGACGCGGUAGCUUCUUCACUAACACCGCCUUCUACGUCAUGCUGCAACUGCUUGAGCUGCUCUACUCUCGACUCCAGCUCUUCAAGAACAUCACCGCAGAGUUAUCCCGCGAGAAGUUGUUUGACAACGAACUCGAACAGCAUGCCUUUGAGGAGAUCAUGUGGUACCUGUUUGGCUUGAAGCAUGCAUACAAGCUGUUCACCGUAGACAAGGUCAUUGGCGCCUUGAUUAAGCAGGUCCAAGUCAUUCUGUCGGAUCCUAAGAGCCAAGAGAUGUUCGAUCUCUUGCGGCGAGAGCGCAAAAUCACGUCCCCGACGACUCAAGACCUCAACUGUCGCCGGAAUACUGAACGCGUACUGGGUCCUGAUGAGAACUUGUUCCGUGUGGACUGGCUCCCAGAGCCUAGGACGAUGACGAUCCAGCUCAUAGGCAAGGACGACAGCGCUUUUGACGACUCCGAAGUCCUCACUGGCUGCUGGCAGUCAUAUAUCGAGUCCUUCGUUUCGGUCACGAGGUUCCCCGCAUGUUCCGGUGAUAUGCCUGACAUCCUCGCUUGCGGCAGGCUCCAGAUCAAAGUCUGCGUGCGCACCUACCGGUUCUUCUUCAUCCCGCCCUCGGAGGACGUCGUGAUCCGUCUAUCCUCUGCGCAAGAGCGCGCGGACCCACACGUGCUAGUCGAACGGCGUACCGCGAAGCGCAAGAAGUGGAUGGAGGACUACGCGAGCAAGAUUGCGGACGAACAAGAGCCCAUUGUGGAGGACACUGAAGGGUCAGCCGCUGAUGUCCAUCUCUCCGCCUUGACGUACCGUACUCACCGCAUACCAUUGACAAUAUACCGGCCGUCCCUGGUGUGCCGCUGUCAGCACAUGCUCGCUGACCAGCUCGCAAAAUAG